AUGUUGAGUACUGUGGUAGUGUUGAUUUUGUGUGUUACACUAAAUGUGGCAGAUCAAAAUGACAAACAAAGCAGUGAAUCAGACAGAAGUCCUCUAGUGAUGGAAAUGAUUCCAAAAGUUGAAGCUCUAGAUAAUCAUCAAUUUCAAGUCUUGGAGCAAUGUUUAUAUUAUUAUUUGGCUUCCGAAGCCCAAGAAAAAACAAAAAAUUUUGGAGGCUUUCAUGCAUUAUCAGCUUUUCCACCUACAAUAACUAAUCCGAAAGGAUCACGAAUUACGCUGCUUUUCAAUCAAAUCACAUUGCAACACUUUGUCUUGAAUGAGUUUCUACGGGAUUUGAAUAUUAAUGGAUAUAUGGAUGUUACUUGGGUAGAUAAUCGAUUAAAAUGGAAUACUGAUCACUGGAGACUUAAAAAAAUGGAAAUUCGUUCUUUCAAUCAUAUUUGGGUACCUAUACUUGACGCUCAAACGUAA